AUGGGCCGACUAAAAUCGAUUGAACUUUAUAAUUUUAAAUCAUAUAGCGAUACCGUUCGCGUUGAAUUUGGUAAUGCUUACUUUACAAGUAUUGUUGGGCCCAAUGGGUCUGGAAAAAGCAAUAUGAUGGAUGCUAUAUCAUUUGUUCUUGGAAUGAGAAGUAAUGUUUUAAGAAGUGGACAGCUUACGGAUCUCAUCUAUCGUGGUAGGGUUAUGAAAGAAAGUGAUGAAUCUUCUUUGAUCCCUUCAAAAGAAACGAAAAUGGAUCCGCGCACUGCAUAUGUAAUGGCCAUUUACGAAAGAGAUGAUAAAAGCAUCCUUAAGCUGAAACGAUCUAUUGGACACACAUCUGCAGGAAGCCAAUAUCGAAUCAAUAAUGAGCUUGUUUCCAUCCAAGAAUAUGAAUCAACGUUAGCAAAAGAAAAUAUUCUUAUUAAGGCCAAAAACUUUCUUGUUUUUCAAGGAGAUGUUGAGGCGAUUGCUUCACAAUCACCAAAGGACCUAUCUCGAAUGAUAGAACAAAUUUCUGGCUCCUUGAAAUAUAAAGCCGAUUAUGAGAGAAAAAAGGAAAUCAGAGAUUCAACCUCUAAUAUAAACUCUCUUUCACACCGAAAAAAGCGAUUAUUUAUUGCUGAAAUUAAACAAUAUCGAGUCCAAGCUGACGAGGCACGGAUUUUUGAAAAAAUGAUACACGAUAGGGAUGUUGUUGUUCUUAAGCAUUCUCUGUGGAAGUUAUAUCAUUUAGAAAAGACCGGUGAAGCAUCCGAAAUUGAACUUAACAGUCUUUUUUUACAAAUCAAUGAUAAAAGUCAUAAAGUUAAUGAACUUCAACUACUUUUUAAUACAAUUAACAAAAAAUUUGCAGUUUCUAAGUCUGAAGUUAUUGGGUUAGAACGGGAUACCAAAACGCAAGAAAAAAUUAUUCAAGAGAAAAAGAAUUAUUUAUUACCUGUUGAUGAAAAAAUCAAUAUGACUCAACAAAAUAUCAAAAAAAUAAAAGGUACAAUUGGUCAAUUAAAACCAAAUUUAACUCAUCAAUCUGAAACUAUUGAAACUCUUCAGAAAGAUAUGUCCAUUGUUGAAGAGGAAAAGGAAAAGUUUGAAAAUCAGUCUUCUCAAAUUAUUAGAACUGCCGGCCUAGAUCUUUCUGACGAUGAUAUUGAAGAAUACGAAAACCUUAAGUCGAAAUUUGCACAAGCUACUUCAGAUCGACAAUCUGAAAUUGAUGGAUUUAAAAGAAGACUGAAAACAGAAGAAGAAAAAGUUAAGACGUUAGAAUCAAAAUACAACCAGUUGAAGGUCCAGGAAGGUGUUCUUUCUAAAGAAGUAACAGAUUUGAGAAUCCGUCUACAAAGUCAUGAGUCACAGUCUGAAGAAUAUACUACAGAUCUUAAACUAAAAAAUAAGCUACUAAACGAUAUUGUUACUGAGAGGAGAAAUAAGCUUGCAAAAGAGCAUGAGCUUCAAGCUAAACUUCAGGAAGUCACUGAUUUUCUUGUCAGAUACAGUGUUAAUCACAGAGAAAAUGAGCGUGAUGCACGUAUGAAAGAUGAAGUAGCCACAAUGAAAAGAUGUAUUCCUGGUGUUAAAGGGUUUGUUUUUGAUCUUUGCCAACCCAAGCAAAGAAAAUAUGAUACUGCUAUUUCUACUGUUUUAGGGAAAAACUUCAAUUCUAUUGUCGUUGAUAGCUUUCAAACAGCUCAACAAUGCUUAAGUUAUAUCAAAGAAAGGCGUGUUGGAAUUGCAACAUUUAUUCCUCUUGAUAGUGUUGUAGUUCAGCCAAUUAAUAACAAACUGCGUGGAAUCUCAAAUAAGGUUCGGCUUGCAGUAGAUACUGUUGAUUAUGAUCCAGAAUUGGAUGCUGCUAUUAACUAUGUUUGCGGGAGCGCUGUUGUAUGUGAUGAUCUAAAUACUGCAAAGUAUGUUCGUUGGACUAAAAAUAUCGACGUUAAGGCCGUUACUCUUGAUGGGGCUGUAAUACAUAAGGCAGGGCUUAUGACUGGUGGUAGAGUUGAAAAUAAAAACUCACAGCAAUGGAACGACAAAGAAAUUUCUCGUGCAAAAAAAAAAAAAGAGGAAUAUCAGGCUCAAAUGCAUGAACUGAACAAGUCAAAGUUUGAUACUCAUGAAGAACAACUGCGCUCUGAUAUUGCGGGUUCGCGACUCAAACUUGAUGUUAUCACUGAAGAAAUAAGUAAUUUACAAGGUACCUUAAAAGGAAGAGAAGUUGAGUUGCAGCACAUUGUCAAAAGUUUGAAAGAUAUUGAGUUGCCCUUAGCUAACUCCAGAGAUAUUCUGUUUGAUACUAAAUCUCGUUACAAAACUCUGCAGUCUCUUGUCGAAAAAACUGAGGAUAGGAUUUUUGCCCAAUUUGUGGCUAAUAUUGGCGUUGAAAAUAUACGAGAAUAUCGUAAAGCUCAAAGUGGGUUUAUUACCGAAAUUUCUCAAAAACGUUUAGACUUUGUCAAUCAAAUUUCUCGUUUAAAUAACCAAAUCCAGUUCGAAAUCGCUCGCAGAGAUGAUACCCAAUCUAGAAUUGAUGUCUUAAAUGAAAAGCUCUCAAGAGAAAAUAAUAGACUUAUUGAGCUUGAAAAGGAGAAAGAAAUUCUUUCUAGACAGAUAAUGUCAGAAGUGUCCUUACUUGAAGAUGCCAAGCAAGACGUAAGUUCAAAACGGGAAGCUCUUGAGGAACUUUCACAUGAAAUAUCUGAUUGCCGUGGGAAGUUAAGUGCUAUUCAAAACGAGCAAGAUUUGGUUCAAAAGCAAAUAACAUUGAGACAAGAGGAGAUAUUCAAAAUUGCAAUGGGAAGAAUAAAAACUUUGAAAGAUUGCAAAAUCGAAGGUAUUGAAUUGCCUCUUUUAUCCGGCUCACUGAAUAUGAUAAAGAUGGAAGGAAGUCAUAAUGACGAAGAAAUCGAAGAAGAAUCGAUUAAUCCAGAAAAAGAUCAGCGUGAGAUCUUAAAAAGUAUUAUCAUUGAUUACUCUGGAUUAAGUGAUGACUUAAAAUUGAAUGACGAUGAAUCGGUAGGUGAGCAACUCGAGCGAGAUGUACAGUUGUUGACUAUAAAUCUUGAAAAGAUGGUUGUUAAUUCUAGAGCUCGAGACCGUUUGGAUGAAGCUGAGAAAAAACUUAGAGAGGUUGAUGAUGACGCUGAGAAAACAAGAUCUGAUCAUAAAAAAGCUAAAGAUGACUUUGAAAGUGUAAAACGUCGUCGGUAUGAGCUGUUCAAUCGAGCUUAUAAACAUAUAUCUAGUCAGAUUGACAAGAUAUAUAAAGAACUUACUAAAACCCCUACAUUUCCUCUUGGUGGCACUGCAACCUUAAGUUUAGAAGAUGAAGAUGAGCCUUACUUGGAUGGUGUCAAUUAUCACGCCAUGCCUCCUAUGAAGCGAUUUUGUGACAUGGAAUUGUUGAGCGGAGGAGAAAAAACAAUGGCUGCAUUGGCGUUACUGUUUGCUAUUCAUUCUUAUCAUCCUUCUCCUUUUUUUGUAUUAGAUGAAGUUGAUGCAGCAUUAGAUAAUGCUAAUGUUGGGAACAUUGCGCGAUAUAUUCAACGCCAUGCUGGUCCUGGCUUUCAGUUUAUUGUUAUCAGUUUGAAGAAUGGUCUCUUUGAAAAUUCACAAUCACUUGUUGGAAUUUAUCGGGACCAAGAUGAAAAUUCUUCACGUGCUCUUACAAUUGAUCUUCAAAUGUAUUCAUCUUCUAGCGUUGACUCUAAGAACCGAGGAAAUAACUCUAAUAGUGGGGAAACAAGUAUAGUUGUGGAGUAA